CCCCCAGUGGCAGACCUGUGGGAGGCAGUGGAGUCGGCUGCCGCCGGGCUCCUGACCUCAAGGGGGCACCUGUCCUCCAUUGCCUCCCACUGCCCGACAAGCCAUCGCCGCUGAGCCGAAUGUGGAUGGAGGAGCGGUGUCAGUGCCGUGACACGGCUGCAGCAGCUGCCUCCUCGUAUCCACAGAGACGAGCUGGCAGUUGGCUGCAGCUAGGGGGAGCUCCAGCGCACAGCUGAUCACAGGCACUUCCAGAAGAGCUGGCCGUCUGAAGCUCUCUCUUCCUCCAUCCUGCUGCUAGCCGAAGGAGCAAUCGGAAGCAAGGCACGGCACUGGGUCUAUUGAUUCCACUGUCAUUAUACAGACUCCUUGUACACCCAGUCUUGGAGAUGCUGUGCAACCUGUCCACUAAGAUGCCCUGCCUGUCUCGCUGCCUCCUGCCCCUACUUCUCCUGUUGCCCCACGCUGGAGCCACCUGCCCAGAUAGCUGCAAAUGUGAAGAGAAGCCAAGUUACAGCAUCACCUGCAGCCACCGCUCCACCGUGCCAAAACUGCCACACAACGCGGAAAUACUGCGGCUCGUGGAGACCAGGAUUCCCAUCAUUCCCAAGGGGGCAUUUUCUAAUGUUCCCAAUAUAUCCCGAAUAUUUAUAACACUAGACACGGAGCUUCAGAAGCUGGAAGCCGGAGCCUUUCAGGGACUCCGUGUGAUCAGCCAAAUAGAAAUCCGAAGUCUCAUGAGCUUGAAUUGUAUAGAAGCGGAAGCUUUUGAAGACCUCCCAAUGCUGGAUUACUUGUUGAUUUUAAACACGGGAUUGUCCAUUUUCCCAGAUCUAAGCCAAGUCCGUUCUCUGGCCGUUAAUGUCUUUGUUGAGAUUGCGGACAACCCGAACAUGGCGUUAGUGCCAGCCUAUGCCUUCCAAGGACUGGGGAACGGUUUCCUGACCCUGAAACUGUACAACAAUGGAUAUACCGAGAUCCAUGGUUAUGCAUUCAACGGCACCCACCUGAUCACUGUGGACUUGCACAACAACGAGCGUCUGGCCGGCCUCCAUGAAGAUGUGUUUUUGGGUGUUCUGAGUGGCCCCACCACAUUGGACAUCUCAAAGACAGCGGUUGCCUCCCUUCCCACCAAAGGCCUGGAAAACCUGAAGCAUCUUCAGGCUCGAAGCACCUGGUACCUGAAGAAACUGCCCCCUCUAAACACCUUUGUUCACCUGGAGGUGGCAGAACUGUCUUACCCCAGCCACUGCUGUGCCUUCACAAACUGGACCAAAAAGAAGAGCGAUCUUGAAUCUAUUAUAUGCAAUCAGUCCUACAUACAGAACUCCCACAAGAAGCGCUCCCUGAGAACCGUUGUAGGCAUAGGCCCAUACUACCAGGAUUACAUGGAUGGAGAUUCCGAGACGGAGAAUUCCAAGUCCACUGACUUUCUCAGCAGUAGCCACUAUUCUGUUUUCUUUGAGGACCAGGGCGACGAAGAAAUUGGCUUUGGGCAGGAGAUAAAGAACGCACAGGAACAAUAUACCCACGCCUUUGAGAGCUACUAUGACUACAUCAUCUGUGGUGUCAGCGAGAAGCUGGUGUGCACGCCGGAACCUGAUGAGUUCAACCCUUGUGAGGACAUCAUGGGCUACAACUUCCUGCGCAUAGUGGUGUGGUUUGUCAACCUCUUGUCCAUACUGGGGAAUGCUUUUGUCCUGUUCAUCCUCAUCACCAGCCAUUACAAGCUGACAGUGCCUCGUUUUCUCAUGUGCAACCUAGCCUUUGCCGAUUUCUGCAUGGGCAUCUACCUUCUCCUCAUAGCCUCAGAGGACCUCCACACCCGCUCCGAGUACUACAACUAUGCCAUCAACUGGCAGACGGGGCCAGGCUGCAACACAGCUGGAUUCUUCACCGUGUUUGCCAGCGAGCUGUCAGUGUACACUCUGACUGUUAUAACGCUGGAGCGCUGGUACGCCAUCACCUUCGCAAUGCGUCUGGACCGCAAAAUCCGGCUCAGGCACGCCUCAUUCAUCAUGCUGGGUGGUUGGGUAUUUUGCUUUUUCCUAGCUCUUUUGCCGCUGGUUGGAAUAAGCAGCUACAUAAAGGUCAGCAUCUGCUUACCAAUGGACACAGAAACUGCCCUCUCCCAGGCCUACAUCAUCCUGGUCUUGAUGCUCAACAUCAUCGCAUUCAUCAUCAUCUGCGCUUGCUACAUCAAAAUCUACAUCACCGUUCGAAAUCCCCACUACAAAUCUGGAGACAAAGACACCAAAAUCGCCAAACGUAUGGCAGUCCUCAUCUACCGACUUCAUCUGUAUGGCGCCAAUUUCCUUUUAUGCCUUGUCGGCCAUUAUGAACAAACCCCUUAUCACUGUGUCAACUCCAAGAUAUUGCUGGUGCUGUUCUACCCACUUAAUUCCUGUGCCAACCCUUUCCUCUAUGCCAUUUUUACCAAGGCAUUCCGCAGAGAUGUCUUCAUCCUUCUCAGUAAGUUUGGCGUCUGUGAACACCAGGCACAGGUUUACCGUGGGCAGGCGGUGUCUCCUAAGAACAGCAGUGGAUCAUACAGUCAGAGGAGCAGCCGGGGAACCGGUCAGACACUGGCAAACAUUCCCGAUGUCCUAAAAGAAAACCAGCCUGUGGUGGGAACACAAAUCGACCCACUGGAUGACUGCCGGCUUACCAACUCUACACAGACUGACGGCUGGUACUAAUUUGUCGCUGGGUUUAGUGAAAAACAACAGGAAAUUCCUGGUGCUAGUUUUGACCACUAGGUAUUACUGAUGGUUUAGUUACCUCUGUGCAGAUGGCCCUUACACGAGCUUUGGGCUUUCAGAGAUUGAACCCUAAACACUUAACAAAGAAACUUUUUCUUAACCGUAUUCUUACUUCUUUAGGGGCAUUCGUAAUGAUACACGUUUGACUUUAACACACUAGUAGUGUUGGAAAGCUUGAAUGGGCUCCACUGCUACAUUUGGAAAAGAGGCUUCUUUGUCGACAGGCCAAUCAUUGACUAUUCUAUAGAAAGACGAAACAUUAUAGCCUCAAAUUAUGCUGAGAGGUAGAAACUGCGGACAUGAUACUGCCUUCUAAACAUCAAUUAUAAGCUUACAGAAACCAUCUUACUAAAAAUAAACUUAUUCCAUUUGUUUUAUGCUCUAAACUUUUUUUCCCCCUUUAAACAGCAUCGUUCUUUGAGGCACCUUGACUAGUCAGGAUCUGAGGAUGCUUUAAGGAUAUAGAGUUUCAGCUACACAACUUAUUUUUUUUCUUAAAAAUAAUAAAAUGUAAUAAGCCUUAAUCCAAACAUCUUCAAGAGGUUAUAUCCCAGCCUGCCAUCUCUCUACUAGGGAACCUGUAGCAGACAGCAGAGCCGGGCACUCCGAGGCAUAAGGUGUCUCCUGCAGAUGGCUUAUGGAAACUAAAAGCACAGGGAAAAUCUUCAAGGAAUGGUUUUUAAAUCAACAUCUCAUCUUAAAACAUCUGUCCGAGAUUGACAAGAAAAAAUAUAUAUGCAAAGUGUCGUGUGAUCCCUCAACGGGUGCCUGAAGAAGACAAGACGUUGAAUAGAUGCCUCUCUGCAAUGAGACAGAGGCCCCUAUUGUCAGUGAAUCCAGCCUAAGGUGUAUGUAGCCCCAACAGUAUCAGAAUAGCGAGGUUUGAAGCCUGGGACGCAAAGUGGGUUAUUAUUUGUUAACGGCACAAUUCAAUCCAUUCUGGCAAUCGCUAGAUAGAGGUAGCAUUUCAAAAUGACUGAAGGCAAGAAUGAAGUGACAUAGGCACUCAGGAAGUUUCAUAUUACAUUUCUUCUUUCACUGUGUGCAGGUGCCACCCCGUAUAGUUUUAUUUCCCUUUGAAAUAGCAAAUUAACUUUUACACAUGUAAAUCAUCUCCUUUUCAAAAUUUAUCUAGACAGUAAAGAAGUAUGGCUUCCCAACGCAGAUGCAGGGUCUCAGUACGUCAUGUGAUCACAAAGGGGAGCGAUAAAGGUGGGGGAACAUUUUACAGUGUAGAUAGAGCUCAGAGAGAAGCUCCAAAGCCGCUCUGUUCACAAUCAUGUGACUGUAAUUUCUGACAACAAAGUGCACCUCAUUUUAUUCCAAAGGGUUCUGGGCUGAUCAUGAAGAAGCACUAAGCACUAUUUCCAUUUAUUUUCAAUAAUCUCACCACAACUCAUAUAAUAAUAAACUGAAAGGGUACAGUGAACGGUAGGUACCCAAUAUUAAAACACUCCUUUAAAAAAAAAUAAAAAAUAAAAAAUUUUUUUUUUUUAUAAUAAACAAAUAUAUUCCGGGGUAGAUCUACUGCGAAACUAAUAAAUCUUAAACCUAAUCCCGGAGGGGCCCAUUUUAACCUCUUGUUUUUAUGUACUAUAUGGUUAUAGCUUGUCAUCAAUGACACCAUGACAACCAGGAUUUUAGGAACCGGAGACAAGGAGGCAUUUAAUAAGGUCAUUUUGCUGGUGCUGAGCGGUGUGUGCUACCCUUGCAAGGGCAGCAGGGUCCUUUGGAUCUUGCCCUAUUGUAGCUGGUUACAAAGGGGCCCCCAUAACAAUUCAAGCUUCAGGGACCCAAAAAUGUAGUUCCACCAAUGUCAGGAAUUCCGGUUUCCAUUCUGCCAUCGAUAGUUCACAUUACCUGCGUAGAGCAAUUUGCAUGGCAGCCCCCAUUCAUAAUGAUCAACCCAAACAAACUAGGAUAAAUCCAUUUGGAAUACUGAGUUUUCUUACGUAAAACGUACAGGGCUCGACACACAGGUGGGUACAUAAGCGUGUGCACGCAGCAGUAUCUAUUGGUGAUCUCCUGUCUGCAACGUUAUGAAACUGCAGCUACAAAGUUUUCUUGUACAUCCGUGCGGCCGGAUGUGCAAGGACAGAGACUCUCACUGUCCGCAUCUGCACGACCCGGCAAUACAGAUUGUUGUGUCCUUACCCGCCAACAUCUGUCACACCAUGCACGCCUGCAUUAAUCCUGUGGCAGGUGCAGGUUCUCGGUCUGACUGUGGUCUCCCUGUGGCUGUGGGUCUGUGUACUCACCGCUUGCAGUAACACGCCCACUGAAUGGACCAUUUCUGUGUGAAUUACUAGUCACCUCCCAGUCCCCAAUCAGAGGCGCCUAUCCCUGUUCCAUAACAUUUCUGAUUCUGUGUGCCAUGAUUGUAACACCAGCUUUAUGUGUACACUCCGUUCGCCAUACGAGUUCUUAGGAAUUUUUCGUGCACGCGCAGUUGCCAAAAAAAACCAAAAAGCUCAACUAAGUGAACAUAAGGUAGUAGCAAUUUCUCCAUUAUACCCAACACAAUGUCACAAAAUUGAGUUGUCACAUACGGAACAAGUCAACUCCACCAUCGUUUUGUAACGGAACCUUCUACUUCAUAAUUCCCCUCAACUCCUAAUUAAGAGACGGUGUUAUUUUUUUAUGAAAACCCAUACCAAAUAUUCCAAAAUACAGAAUUUUUUGAGUGAGCGUGAGAUAGUGAAACCUUUGUUUUUUGAUAUCUCAAAUAACACAAACCUUGUUUAAUACAUAAAGUUAUUAAAAAUAUUGUAUUAAAUGACCUUCAGGCUGUGUGUAUAAGGUGUAUAUAAAACAUAAAUGAAUUGUGUGUAUGUACACAAAUUUUGUUUAAUGCACAAAGUAUAAAAAAUAUUGGCUAAAAUUACUUUCAGGCUGUGUGUAUAAGGGCCCUCAUUCCGAGUUGAUCGCUCGCUAGCUACUUUUAGCAGCCGUGCAAACGCAUAGUUGCCGCCCAUGGGGGGGAGUGUAUUUUCGCAUUGCAAGUGUACGAACGCGUGUGCAGCCGAGCGGUACGAAAAAGUUUUGUGCAGUUUCCGAGUAGCUCUGACCUUACUCAGCCGCUGCAAUCACUUCAGUCUUUUUUGGUCCCGGAAUUGACGUCAGACACCCGACCUGCAAACGCUUGGACACGCCUGCGUUUUUCCAAACACUCCCUGAAAACGGUCAGUUGCCACCCACAAACGCCCUCUUCCUGUCAAUCUCCUUGCGAUCGGCUGUGCGAAUAGAUUCUUUAGUUAAAUCCAUCGCCCAGCAACGAUCCGCUUUCUACCCGUACGACGCGCCUGCGCAUUGCGGUGCAUACACAUGCGCAGUAGUAACCUGUUCGCUGCGCUGCAAAAAACGGCAGCGAGCGAUCAACUCGGAAUGACCCCCAUGGUGUAUAUGAAACAUAAAUGCAUCCUGUGCUUAGACUUGGGUCCCAUCGCCAUGAUAUCUCAUUAUGGUAUGCGAUUAUUCCAAAAUACGGAAUAAUCAGAUAUCCAAAAUACUUCUAGUCCCAAGCAUUUUGGAUAUGGGAUACUCAACCUGUAUAACGUAACUAAACAACCUAUGAUGAAAGCUCCAAAGAUGCACGGGCACAGAUUUUAUUUUUCUAGUGUCAUGUAUGGGGCAUUUUCACUCCUUUUCAUGGAAUAUCCCAUGAAUGUCAGAGUCGCAUUUCCCGAUUGCAUUUCCCACAGAUUCAGACGUCUUCAUCUGAUCAUGUUUUAUCCACAGGCGGCCACACGUCUUGAGAUUAUUUUAAAGUUGAUUAAUAAAUA